GGUUUAGUGCAACUUUCAAUGAAAUCCAAGCAAAACCCAAAACCUGGGAGACUGGAAGCCAUUGCAACUGCAAGAUGGCGGUGCAGCAGUUGCAUUUCGGGCGCACGAAGAGCGUGGUGAAGCGAUCGAAGAAGUACUUGGAGGAAGCGCUGUACGUGAGGCUCUUCAGGGAAGGUAGCUCGGAGGUGAGCGUGCGGCACCAGCUCAACCAGUUCCUCAAGAGCAACGAGCGAGUCUACAAAUGGGAAGUCGGCAACAAUUUCAAGAGGGUUUUCGAGCGCAAGGUCUACUACCCCAAGCGAGUCUACAAAUGGGAGGUGGGCGACACCCUCAAGAAGCUUCGCGAACGCAAGCUCUACUACCCUGCUCUCAAGCUUUCAGAAACUAUGGCUAAAAGGGGCAUGAAUCAGACGGUCAGUGAUCAAGCUAUACAUCUAGAUCUAGUUGCCAAAUCACGAGGUAUUGCUGCUGGAGAAAAUUAUUUCAUUGAUCUUCCUGAAUCGUCAAAAAAUCAUCUCUGUUAUGGUGCCCUUCUCAAUUGUUACUGCAAGGAACUGAUGACUGAAAAAGCAGAAGCUCUCAUGGAAAAGAUGAAGGAACUCAACCUUCCUUUAAGCUCCAUGCCUUACAACAGCCUUAUGACCCUUUACACGAAAACUGGGCUGCCAGAAAAGAUCCCAGCCAUCAUACAGGAAAUGAAAGCCUCCCAUAUCAUGCUGGAUUCUUAUACAUACAAUGUCUGGAUGAGGGCUCUUGCUGCUGUCAAUGAUAUUGCCGGGGUUGAAAGGGUUAUUGAUGAGAUGAAGAGGGACGGCCGAGUUGCUGGAGAUUGGACAACAUAUAGCAACUUAGCGUCAAUAUAUGUUGAUGCGGGAUUGUUUGAGAAGGCAGAAAAUGCACUUAAGGAAUUAGAGAAGAGAAAUGCCUGCCGAGACCUUUCUGCUUACCAGUUCCUAAUUACGUUGUAUGGUCGAACAGGGAAACUGCUUGAAGUUUAUCGGGUAUGGCGUUCUUUGAGGCUGGCUUUUCCUAAAACCGCAAACAUAAGCUAUCUGAAUAUGAUUCAGGCAUUGGUUAACUUAAAUGAUUUACCUGGAGCAGAGAAGUGUUUCAGGGAGUGGGAAUCUGGGCGCUCAACUUAUGAUAUCCGUAUUGCUAAUGCUCUGAUAGGAGCUUAUGCAAAAGAGGGUUUGCUAGAGAAGGCAGAAAAGCUCAAGGAGCGGGCUCGCAGGAGUGGAGCCAAGCCUAAUGCUAAAACAUGGGAGAUAUUUUUGGAUUAUUAUUUGAAAAAUGGGAAUUUUAAAUUGGCAGUAGAUUGUGUUGCCAAUGCAAUAUCUGUUGGUAGAGGGGAUGGUCGGAAGUGGGUCCCAUCAUCUGUGAUUGUAAGCAGUUUGAUGGGGCACUUUGAGCAAGUGAAGGAUGUCGAUGGUGCAGAAGGUUUUCUGGAGAUUUUGAACAAGGCUGUGGAGAAUGCAGGGGCUGAGGUUUUUGAAUCACUAAUAAGAACAUAUGCAGCUGCUGGAAGGACAAGCCCUGUAAUUCGUCGCCGUCUGAAAAUGGAGAAUGUUGAGGUCAAUGAGACCUGCUUGAAGUUGCUUGAAACAAUAUGUGUCCAGUGAGUUUUAUUUUUUCUCACUUCCUUAUCUUGGCAUUUCAGUUUCUGUAAAAGCAAUUUUGAAUGGUUUCUACAUGCUAUUCAGUUUCGACAAUAAUUUGCUCCCUUCUUGUGUCCUUCUUGUGUUUAUCAAUGUGAGGUGACACAUGGCAUAUCCCAUUGAAGAGGAGUGCCUCACUUUUUGAAAUUAUGAAAUAUCUAAGGAUGCUCCAUUUACAUA